AUGGACCACUACGCGACUCAAAUGAGCCAAAGUUCCAUCCCAGGCCCGUCCCAAGACGAGCCUCAGCCGCAACCCCAACGUGCCGAACCUGUGCCAUUCGAUAUGUAUGCCGAUCCAUCUCAGUACGCUCCACCUGGGCCGGCUCCCACAGCGCACGGAAUGGAGACCGCAGUGGUUGAUGCUGGUAUGGGACAAUAUGGACAGCCCCCCCUCAUGCCGGAUAUGACGGGGCAUGUAGCCGUUCCUCCAUUCGCAGCGCAUUUCCCCCAGCCUCAGAUGGCCCCAGGGCCAUUGUACUACCAUCCUCCAUUUGCACCCUAUUUCCCCCAGCCUCAGAUGGCCCCAGAGCCAUUGUACAACCCCUUCAUCCCUCCUCCGUUCGUACCCUGUUUCCCCCAGCCUCAGAUGGCCCCAGGGCCAUUGCACGACCCCUCCAUCCCACCUCCAAAUGUACCCUGUUUCCCCCAGCCUCAGAUGGCCCCAGGGCCAUUGCACGACCCCUCCAUCCCACCUCCAAAUGUACCCUGUUUCCCCCAGCCUCAGAUGGCCCCAGGGCCAUUGCACGACCCCUCCAUCCCACCUCCAAAUGUACCCUGUUUCCCCCAGUCUCAGAUGGCCCCAGGGCCAUUGCACGACCCCUCCAUCCCUCCGUUUCAACCCUUUUUCCCCCAGAUGAUCCCAGGGCCAUUGUACAACCCCUUCAUCGCUCCUCCGUUUGUACCCUAUUUCCCCCAGCCUCAGAUGAUGCCUGGGCCAUCGCACCACCCCUCCGCCCCUCCUCCUUUUGGAUAUUUACCCCAGCUUUCAGAAAUAUCGGGCGCGGGACGCAAGACUCUUACUGUACCUCCCAAUGUGCAACUGAUCGUACAGCACGGCAUUGUCCGGUACAAAUGCCUUCUUCCGCAGUGUAAAAAGUGGGGUACAAUGCCAAGACCAAGCAUGCUGAAGCAUAUCACUUCGAAAAUGCACACUGGGGACGACGGUCAGUUUAAAUGCGAAUACUGUGACAAGGACUUAAGUCGCUCGGACUCUUUGAAUCGUCAUUACAAGUCUUGUUCCAAAAGACCUAAAGGACCUGGUGAUUCGACCUGAAGUUCGAACGAGUCGUCGCAAGAUUGAUUUAUCAUAUGGUUUCGAUUGGAACAAGGUUCCAGAUAUCUCCCUCGGACAAGAUCAUCGGGCAAGCGUGCAUCAUCUCAUCAUUUGGACUGCAUAAUUCAUCGUUCAUGGACUACACAUUACUUUAUCUAUCAUUUAUAUUUCUCUGCCGUAUCCGCCUGCGGGCAUCCUUCAUUCAUUGUGUUUCUUUGUGUAUCGUUAUAUCGCGCGGUCGUAUCUGUAGCACCCUCCACUCAUUAUUUUGCUCUGUCGUAUCUGCGGCAUCACCUCACUCAUUACAUCUCACACCAUACUUAUGCAUGAACACAUCAAUGCUAUCACUUUCUUUGACCUUG